GGGGACGCCAGAACCCGGGACCACAGUACGGAAACGGCCCGGGCCGAGCUGCAGUCAGAUCCGGGGAUGGAGGGAGCCGGAGAAGAGGCGUGAGGAGGCCGAGAAGGCAGGCCCUGCUGCCCUGCUGGAGGCCGGCAGCCUGCUGUGGCAGUGGACGAGCAGGCUGCCCAGAAAGGGACAGGGGUCAGGAGGUCGGGCCAGGGCCUUAGCAGGCUCAGACGAGGCCCAAGAAGGGAGCACCAGGCACCCUGGAGUUCAGGGCCCAAGCCUGGCUCGGGCUGUCCAAAGGGGGCCUAGGCCAGGCCCCUAGUGGGGAAACUGAGUCAAAGCCCGGCCUCACGGUUCUGCCCAGACGCGUGUGAGCCAAGUUAGGAGUAGGGGGCCAAGACCCUUGAGGGUCUCCGAGACUAAGGCGGGUAGGGGGCUUCAGGGCCUCCCAGUCCAGAGCUGGAUUGGAGAGUUAGACGCUUGUAGAUCGGAGGUUGGAUUGGGGUGGGGUCUCUGGGACGUUGGCUAGCUAGGCAAGGAUUGGGGGGAUUUAAGUGCUUAGAGAUCGAAGGCAGGUCUUGGGUAGGGGGAGUCAGACAAUUGGAAAGCCUAGGUGGUUAUUUGAGGAGGGGUCUUUGCGCUUGGCAAAGCGCAAAGCUGCGCCUGUUCGGCUCGAGGUCCGAGGCCUCGUCAGGAGAAGCUUCUGUGAAGGGUGGGCCGCCUAGGCCAGGCCAAGAGAAAGAAAGUGAACAAAUCUGGACUAUAAGUGGGCGGGGGGCCCCUGAGAGGGGGGUCACAAAGGGUGAGACAUGGCCACCAGGCGUUUAACCGACGCUUUCUUGUUGUUGCGGAAUAAUUCCAUCCAAAACCGGCAGCUGUUAGCCGAGCAAGUGAGUAGUCACACCACCUCCAGCCCUCUGCAUUCACGUAGCAUUGCUGCGGAGCUGGAUGAGCUCGCUGACGACCGCAUGGCUCUGGUGUCGGGCAUUAGCUUAGACCCAGAAGCAGCAAUCGCCGUGACAAAACGGUCCCCUCCUAAGUGGGUGGAUGCAGUGGAUGAAAUCCAAUACGAUGUGGGCCGGAUUAAACAGAAGAUGAAAGAAUUGGCCAGCCUUCACGACCAGCAUCUGAACAGACCCACCCUGGACGACAGCAGUGAGCAAGAGCAUGCCAUCGAAAUAACCACCCAAGAGAUCACCCAGCUCUUCCACAGGUGCCAGCGGGCGGUGCAGGCGCUGCCCGGCCGGGCCCGCAGGGCCUGCUCGGUGCAGGAGGAGCGGCUGCUGCGCAACGUGGUGGCCUCCCUGGCCCAGGCCCUGCAGGAGCUGUCCGCCGGCUUCCGGCACGCACAAUCCGGCUACCUGCGACGCGUGAAGAAUCGAGAGGAAAGAUCCCAGCAUUUUUUUGAUACAUCAGUGCCACUGAUGGACGAUGGAGAGGAUAUUGCUCUCUAUGACCGGGGUUUCACGGACGACCAGCUGCUGCUGGUGGAGCAGAACACGCUCAUGGUGGAGGAGAGGGAGCGGGAGAUCCGCCAGAUCGUGCAGUCUAUCUCCGACCUCAAUGAAAUAUUUAGGGACUUAGGAGCCAUGAUCGUAGAGCAGGGCUCCGUCCUCGAUAGAAUCGAUUAUAACGUCGAGCAGUCCUGUAUCAAAACUGAAGACGGCUUGAAACAGCUGCGCAAGGCAGAGCAGUAUCAAAAGAAGAAUCGGAAGAUGCUUGUGAUUCUAAUAUUAUUUGUCAUCAUUAUUGUCCUCCUUGUUGUCCUCGUCGGCGUGAAGUCUCGCUGAGCGGCGUCGGGUCUGUGUGUGCGGCACGCUGGCAUCCCGGGUGUGCGGGGCUGGGCGCCCCGUGGGCCGUCGCAGAGGUGCGGGCCGGACCGCGUUGAGCCGCGGGCGCCUCCACGGACUCCUGGCCACGCUCGUGCUCCAGGCAGGGGAGUGGGCUUCUGUUCUUCCUUCCUCGUCACGGCUUCAGGACCUCGAUGCUGCUGCAGAGUAGAGAUGGAGUCACCAGUUAUCGCGUACUUUCUUUAGGAAGAGAAAGCGAGUUGAAUGUUUACAGGCACUCCAGAAGCUGUUCGAUGUUAUAUGUGUAUAUGCUAUUUUUUUUUUUUUCCAGCAGUCAAGUCUGAGCAGCAUGUUAAAACAAUUUUUGGAAAAAAAUUUUUGAAAACCGUCUGGUCUUUAAGAAAUUUUGUACCAAAAAUUGACGAGUAGAGGCAAAAAUGCCUCUUCAUCUCUCUUUACCUGUAUGUUUUCCAGUUGAAGACAAACUGAGAAGCCUUUCAGAAAUGUAUAAUCCAGUCCCCAUCAAUUUAAUUUAGCUUUUCCAUCACUGUUAAUGAUCAGGGUAACGAAGUGUGAAAAGUAAGACACCGCCAUGGAUGUGAAUUAACAUGCUUAGAAGGGCCAGCGAGGGUAGCCUCGUGAGCUCAAACGCAUCGUGGGUGGGUGGUCCUCAUCCAGAGUUUGUGUACUGCGUUUUCUACCGCAAAGCAAAGGGGUUCUUAACAAAACCAUCUAAACUUAAAAGUCGGUGACGUGAACUAACCUCACAUUGAAAGGAAGUUUGACAGUGUCAUAAAGAGUCACCGGAAUCGGCCAGUGUUUCCCUGUGCACAGCCCCAGCCAUCCUUGCUCAGUCCAUUACUUAUAUGCUAACUACGUAAUGACCUGUUCAAACCAGAUACCACUUAAUGAACUGUGAAUUUACACAGAGGCCAUUCCAAAUGGGUCACCCCAUUGGGAUCUCAAAUUAUUAACCAGCCAUCACUCCAUUUCAAGGUAGAACAUUCCACCAGAGGUUUGAUUUAUUGGCUCUCCCAUUGCUCCUUGAAGUGUGCCCCGGAAGUGGGCAGGGCAUGUUCCUGCAAGCGGUGGAAACCUUGAGCAGGCAAACCCCGUUGGCGUGAGCGGGAAUCACAUCGCCAAAGUCAGGCUCUGUCGCUGAGCUGUCAUCAACAUGGUGCUCGAGUAUGUUCCUGGGAUUGUGGAAUAAUGUGGAAAGUGAUGAUAACUUUGAAAACCUAAGUCGUACACGCUUUAAUUGGUCGAGACACGAGUAGAGUUUUAAUGGUCUUUGUAUCAUUUUUGAUGGCUUUUCUGUUGUUUUUACCUUUAAUGUACUACAUUUUAUUUGGAACAGUCACGUGAAAUACCUCUCUAGAAUUGGCUUUGAAGUUGUUUCUAGAAAUUUGAACUCAAGUUCAGAGAUUCAAGUUGUCCAUCCAAACAGGUGAUGGGCUCGAUGCCCAGCCCCCUGUCCCAAGCUUCCCUCCCCAAGUCAUUGUUGUGCCAGGUGGCCCUGCUGUUCUUAUUGCUGCCGUGGCCAUAGGAUGAUCUAAAGGUGGCCCUGGCAUUCCGGGACAUACCGUGGUAUUCCCUGACGGACACUCCUUUAUUAGCAAAGAAGCUCGUCCCUGAAACGUGGGGCCGCUGCAUACCGGGAGGCUGGCAGGCGUCCUGUAGUCCCAGCCGCCCUCAGCCCAGUGGCGGAGUCCGGACCAGCCGCUCCCAGGAGUGAGGCUGUCCCCGUCAGGGCCUCCCUCCCAGACACUGUGCCGGGAAUAGUGGACUGUCCCUAAAGUGUCUAAAAUCCUGAGUCUUGAAGGAAAGUGAUUGUAAGAAAGAAUCACCUUUUAUUUAUAUUUAUUCUCAACGAGUAGGGUAAUGAGGAUUGGUUUUUGUCCCCGCACCCCAUUUGGGUAAAAUAAUGGGUCUGAUUAGAAAUGGUUUAAGGGUCUCGUGGGGUGGGGGAGCCGUCCCAUUCCGAAUGACACGGGGGCAGUGCCCACUGAAGUCCCAGCUGUCCCCCGCCACAGCCACGUCCCACAGCGGAGGCUGGCCUGGUGCCGGUCAGCUGGCUCCCCGAACCCUGUGCUUCUCUGCUGAGCCUGUACCUGGGCAGGGAGCCACGGCGCUCGGCGAGCAAGAGAAAAAUCAGCAGCAUCCUGGUGUGUCCAGGUCCUCUGCCUGGGGCCAGCUGUCGUGGGGGCCCCAGUGUCCCUGGCGGGCCAAGGCCGGGUCGGUCUUCCGUCCAGGCUCGCCCCGAGGAGCUGCCCACUUCCUGUGUCCGGGGUGGCCCCGCUGACCGGGGCGGGAGAGGAGAAACGUCACAUCAGUGUUGACUGUCAGGGCCCCAGGGCUCCUGAAAUCUGCUGUCUCGUUUCAUUAACUCGGGCUGGGGGGGUCUGGCUUCCCGUGGGAGCAAAGCAGUGUAUGUCUGUAAUUUAACAGGUUUGCCGCUUUCUUCGCUAAUUGAGAAAGCGUUAUUUAUUUGUUUUGACACCAAUGCUUUCAGUGUUUUAUCCUAGCUAAUGGCUUCUUAAAGGUAAUAAAACCCUUCCAAGCUCAUUGGUCAGAUAAGACUUUUUUUUUCUUGUGUGCUUAAAUAAAGCAAUUAGUGACGUGCUUCUAGCCAAUGCGACUUUUUUUUUUUGGUCCUUUUUAAAAACUAAUUUACUGUUACUGGAAACUUUUGUACAAUAAAGCAGUCAGGCAGAUUAA